UAGUUGUGCCAUUUGUCUUGCUAACACAUUUUCUCUCUCUAAAUAUGCCAUUCCUUUCUCUCUCUAAUGGUGCCUUUCUGUCUCUCUUCUAUCUCCCUGUGAAGCCGUGAAGCCUAAGGCUUCAUUAGUAUCAGUAUGAGGCUUGAUAUACGUAUUUCAGAAUUUCCGGACAGGUUAUCAAAUAAGUAUUCUAGAUAUUCCAAAUAUUAACAGUUCCAGAUUCCAGGGACCUAGAACUACUUCCAAGUUCCACAGAACCCCCAGCGCACAUGACCUAUUAUUACUCUCUGCUCCGCAUCCUUUAAAUUAUUGAUAGAGGACGAGGGCCCAUUUCCUUUGGUUUGGGGAGAAAUUAAUUGAUUAAUGAUGGGGCAUGGUGUUCACAAGAAGCAACCAGCGUUCCCCUGCCCAUUGGUAGGAAGAAUAGCUUUAUUUCCAAGCUUUUAGUUGCAGAGGAUUUUGAUCGAAAAAAUUGCCAUAGCUUUAUUUCUAAGCUUUAGUUGCAGAGGAUUUUAAUCGAAAAACUUGCCAUCUCUAGGCAAUUGAGUCCACAUAAAAAAGUUGGGGAUCAACGCUCCCUUCUUCCUUAUCUUCCUCCAAAGAAAUAUACUGUUUUUCUUUCAUCAGAAAUGGUUGCAGUUUGGAACAACAAAGAGCUCUUGAGCUGGUAUCUCAUCGCCUUAACGCUUCAAAAGAAGGUUCAGGCUGGCGCCCCAACAUCAGAAUCCAGACCCGAACCAUCAUCCUUGGGUAUUGAGGGAGAAAAAGAUGGUGUUGAAAAGUUGGAUGAAGAAAUUAUCGGUAAGUCGGAGACUCGCGAGGAGGAGUGGGUGAUAACCAUUAGAGAGAAACUGGCGCAAGCACAUGAUGAGGAGGUGAGGAGCUUGUGGGAAAAGGUCAGCAUCUACAGAGUCCCAAAGAGUCUGCGUGAAGGAGACGAGAAGGCAUUCAUGCCUCAGGUGGUUUCGAUCGGACCCUACCACCACAAUAGGCCACGCCUGCGUGACAUGGAACGCCACAAGUGGCGAGCCCUCAGUCACACCCUUACCCGCACCACCCAGGAUGUCACCCGCUACCUCGAUGCUGCUCGCGAAAUGGAGGAGCGCACGCGACAGUGUUAUGCGGCCCAUAUCUCCCUCAGCCCCGAUGCCUUUGUGGAGAUGAUGGUGCUUGAUGGUUGCUUCGCCCUCGAGGUGAUGCGUGGAGCCAUCGACGGGUUCCAUCAACUCGGCUACUCUCGGGAUGACCCUGUGUUUGCCAUGCGUGGGGUGAUCCAUGCCUUGCAAAGGGACAUGAUAAUGCUCGAGAACCAGCUUCCCCUCUUUGUCUUUGAUCGCUUUCUAGGUAUCCAGACCAGCAACCCCGAUGAGAGCGCUAGUGCCACCCAAUUGGCCCUUUGUUUCUUCGACCCCAUCAGGCCCAAUGACGAGCCCUUUCUACAGAAGGAGAGUAAUCGAUUUCGUAAUAUGGACCCCCCCACCCAGCUCGGAUUGUUCGAUCCAUUAGGAGAUGAAGGCCUACAUUUCCUCCAUGUUUUCCGUCGAAGCCUGCUUUUGACCUAUCCAAAUCCCCCGUCUAGACAUCGAUUGCAUGUUAAGCAUCCCCCACCAGUCCGGGCAACAGACAAGAGGCGACAACAGCUCAUCCACUGCGUGACCGAGCUGCGGGCAGCUGGGAUCAAGUUAAGGAAGAGGAAGACAGACAGGUUUUGGGACGUGAGGUUUUCCAGAGGGGUUUUACAGAUCCCUCGCCUGCUCAUCCAUGAUGGGACCAAGUCUCUGUUCCUGAACCUCAUGGCAUUUGAGCAAUGUCACCUUGAGUGUGGGAGUGAGAUCACAUCUUACAUUAUUUUCAUGGACAAUUUGAUCAAUUCUCCGGAGGAUGUGAGGUACCUCCAUUAUCGCAGGAUCAUCGAGCACUGGUUGGGGAACGAUGAGGAGGUGGCGGAGCUGUUCAAUAACCUGUGCCGAGAGAUCGUGUUUGAUAUGAAGGAUAGUUAUCUUUCCCGACUGUCAGAGGAGGUGAACAAGUACUAUGACCACAAGUGGAAUACUUGGGGAGCCACCCUCAGACAGAACUAUUUCAACAACCCUUGGGCCAUCAUCUCCUUCUUUGCUGCCCUUGUUCUGUUGAUCCUCACAUUCACACAGACCUUCUAUUCUGUUCUAGCUUAUUACAGACCUCCAUCAUAGUUCAUCAAUCCACCUCUCUCUCUCUCUCUCUCUCAUAUUCCUAUUUUUUCAAGUCCAUGUUCAAGUUGAAUUUCACAAAUUCAGGUAAUCAUAUUUCUAUUUUUUCAAGUCCAUGUUCAAGUUGAAUUUCAGAAAUUCAGGUAACCAGUCAUUUGUCAAAGCAAACAGAAUUACUUGUCUCUGUACUCAACCAAGAGGUAAGGCAUCCCAUGUUUUCAACAAUAGUUGAUAGGUAUCAAUCGGAGAUGAAAGCAAAUCCUUCCACUCUCAAAGACACAUGGAAGUCCACCUUGAAAUCCUGAUUGGCAUUUAUACGCAUCCUAGAGCCAAAAACAGAAAUUCCAAAAUAAAUUUUAAAAGGAUAAGUCCCAGGCACUUCUUGAGCAAGCUCUAUGAACUCGUAGGUUGGGGAGUCCUUGAAUCCCAUUUAUGAAAGAACUGGCAUCUGCACAUUCCCAUCUUAGGACCUGGGUGGAGUUGAACUGGCUCAUUUGCAAUUCAUGAAACAUCAAUCUUGCCAUUGGGACCAGGAUAGGGAUCAGGACUACAGGAGUCAUGACAAGGUAGAAGAAUGUUUUGAUUGCGAACAUUAUCCACACAAUGCAUAUACCAGGGAUCGAGAACUCUAAAUGUUUGGCAUCAAGGUGCCACCUUUUGGGAUGUUGUUCCUAAUCUUGAAGUGUAUAUGAGGAUUAUACAUACUCUAAAAGUAUAUCUCUCUCCGUUUAUAAGCAGCCAGUAGAGUAGCUACAUUUAAGUAUGAGAAAAGUUUAUAUAGAGUCGAGGCUCUAAACAAUCAAA